AUGACAAGUAAGGAAGAUUUUGUUGAGAAGUCAGCUAGCAGCGAUAAUAUAGGUAGCACACCUGAUUCCAAAGAGAUGAACACGCCGAUAGGAGUGAACAUUGAAGUAGAGAUGACUGAAGAAAAGGGAAAAGAGCCUGAAUUAGACAUGGCAACACCGACAAAGCCUAGAAGGAGCGAAUUUAGUACUGGCCUGUCAACUACUUCUACACCGAGGAAAAGAUCAAGUAGUCGUACAUCGAGUGGUAAGACCCAUCGAAACUCAUCGGAUGUGUCUCCUGCAUCGAUGAUAUUUAGAAAUUUAUUAAUUCUGGAAGACGAUUUAAGACGACAGGCAAGAGAACAAAAGCAACUGAGAAGGAAAUACACUGCAUUCCUGUCACUAAUGGCAGGCCUUGCUGGAUUCACCAUAUACGAGCUGUUUUUCAAUACAAGUGAAUAUGUCAAGGGGAUCUACAGGUUUUUCCUGCAAUUAACGCUAUGCUUUAUUAUUAUAACGAUCUCACUAUUCAAUAUUAGUGGACAAUACAGGAGAACAAUUAUUAUUCCAAGAAGAUUUUUCAAUUCGACAAAUAAGGGCAUCCGACAAUUCAAUGUUAGGCUGGUAAGAGUCAAAUCUUCCUGGGAUGAGAUGUUUACAGAUUUCGUAAGAUUCAUAAGUAACAAGACUGCGAUGGUUAAUGUUUGGUUCUUCAGUAAAGUGAUCAAGUUGAGUGAUAAUAAUACUAUAGUGAACUUUUGGAAAAGCGUGACAAUACGAUCACAACCGAGGAUUGGUGCCACAGAUGUGAAGUUGAUUUUGAAUCCCAGAGCUUUUAGCGCAGAGGUCAGAGAAGGCUGGGAAAUUUACAGAGAUGAAUUCUGGGCAAGAGAGGGCACAAGAAGACGUAAGCAAGCCAAGGACGUGGAUACCAAACUCAAGUCUGCAUAA